AUGCGACGGAUGACUAUCACAUCAUGUUCGACAGUAUCUACGAUGAUCACGAUUGGUUCCGCAGCAUCGGAUUCUUGUGCUGGUGACGCUGGUGUACCACAUAACGUACGCGCAAGUUUCGUCUCCGAAGCGACCAUCCAGUUCACAUGGGAGAAACCGCAGUGCGAUGAAUCCUACGGGCCAAUUGAUGGCUAUGAAUAUACGUUCUGGAACGUCGAAACUGAUACGCAACCGCAAACAGCGUCUUAUAUUGGUCGGAAUACGGUAGCGCUGAAUGAUCUAGAACCCGGUUCGCGGUACGCAUUUCGAGUUCGUUCCCGCGCAGGUCAUGGGCACAGUUCCUGGAGUGAUAUUGUUCAUGCAGAAACAGAAGCACAUUCCGGUUCGCUCGGUAAGUUAUAUAGAAAAAUAAGCAACUCAUUUACCGGUAAAGCCGAUUCUCAAUAUCAGCAUCGCCAUCGUCAUCGUUAUCGUCCACAAUUAACCAAAAAUAACACGCUUCUUGCCCAGUUAUCAGCCACACCAACACUGCUACUGCAACGUGUUAAGCGACAGCAAAAAAGUCAGAUUACAGGUAAUUAA